AUGGACACGACCGAAGGCGACGGGAAGCAAGCUCCUUUUGUGCCAUUCACCAAAGCUGAGCGCAUACAACAACUGGGGCAAAUCGACGAGAGCAUCGUUAGCCUCCUCCGCAUCGUUGGGAAGUCAGCCCAGAGCAUCGGCACGAAAGACACUCAAGGCGACACAGCUAUGGAUGGCUCUAGUACGCAAUCUUUGGAUGCAUGCCAAGAAUUGAUCAACGAAUUCUUUCGAACACUACACUCAGUUGAUGUUAGAGUCAAGAGACAGAUAUGGGGUCUUGAGGAAGCGGGCAUCAUCAAACUCGGCAAGGGCGACGACGAAGAGGAAACGACCAAGACGAAAAGAAAGCCCCGACUGGAGCCAGACGGCGACGGGAAGAUUGGAGGUCUCGAUGCUGGCUACUUGAACUCGCGAAGCAACAAGGUUGAGAGGGAGAUGGAAGCCGAGUUGUGGAAGCAGGCCGAGGGUUUCUUAAAGAGCACGCUUGAGAAGCAUCAGGAUAGCUGA